AUGAUUUUCAAACGUUACUUACAUCGAAGUUUAUCUUAUAGUCCCUUGGUGGAACUUGCCUUUUCACAUUUUAAACCGCAAGAAAAGAAUGCCCAAAAACCGGCCAUUCUAAUGCUACAUGGACUCUUUGGGUGUAGAAAGAAUUUUCAUUUCGUGGGUAAGGCGCUUUCAUCAGACCUAAACACUGAUGUGUAUUCUGUUGAUCUUAGAAAUCAUGGGCAAUCACCUUUAGCGAAACCAUAUGACUACAUAACAUUGACGAAAGACGUGAUCCACUUCAUAGAAAGACAAAUGGGGCCAGAAACGCCUGUAUACAUAGUUGGUUUUUCAUUAGGAGGACGUGUAGGACUCCUAUCCUCACUCUCCAAGAAAGUGAAUAUUAAGAAGUGCAUAUCGGUUGACAUGCCACCUUAUCCUUUGUCCAGUUUGGAUGCUGUAUUGGUGCAAAACUAUAAUAAAAUGAUGGAAAUUGAAACAAGAACAGUUAAAAUACGCAAAGGAACUAGAAAAUGGAGGGAUGAAGUUCUCAAAGAGUUUAGAAACGUCCCCGCAAACAAGAGCAAUCAAGUUGCCCUAUAUUUUGCGAGCGGAUUCUUGCAGGUCAAGAAUAAUGACAGGGAGGAUAAAUUAAGUCGAGAUGCGGAUGAGUACAUUAAUUAUAGCAUGCCAUUACUAGAAAUGCCAGAUUUGUUCCAAAAGGUGAUGGAAUGGCCAGAUAUUACCAAACUUAAUCGUGAUGAGUUUAGUAGUGUUUCCAGAAGUCGAGUUCUCUUCAUGCGGGCACUGAAAUCCCCAUUUAUCAGUAGUGACUAUUCUCUGCUUUCUAAGCACUAUCCAAAUUGCACCGUGGAGGAAUUUGAUACAGGUCAUGUUCUAAUUGGGGAAGCACCCAAGAAAUUUUACCAACAAACAUUGGCUUUCUGUUUAGAUGAAUAG